AUGAAUCGUAGUGUUCAAAUAUGGUGCACGAAAGAUCUCGCUUGCAAAGAACGGAAAUCUGUCCGAAUAAAUCUCGGAUACGAUCACGCUACUCACGUGCGCUGGUCACCCGAUGGCAAAGCUUUCAUCGUCCACAACGCAACUGCGAAUUCCAUGGAUGUGUGGAAACUUACAAAGAGUACGAAGAAGGGUGACUUUGCGUUCAAAUCAGCAACAAAAGUGCUGGAGUUUUCCAAGAAACACGAGGAAGACAUCGUCGGAAUGGAUAUCGCUUGUAACGGACGUUUCAUAAUAACUUGUAGCAAAGUAAACGACUUGAUUGUAUGGGAUUUGAAAGGCGAACAACUGGCAAUAAUCGACACUUACUUGGGGUCAACACACAGAGCAAGAAUUUCACCGUGCGGUCGCUUCGUCGCUGCGUCGGGAUUUACUCCUGACGUUAAGGUGUGGGAAGUCGUAUUUACGAAAACUGGCGAGUUUAAACACGUUACAAAGGCUUUCGAUCUGGCUGGACACUCUUCGGGAAUUUACGAUUUCAACUUUUGCGCUGACACCAGCCAUAUGGCCUCGGUUUCUAAGGAUGGAACUUAUCGCUUCUACGACACCAAAAUUGAAUUCGAGAAGGGCGAAGAUCCUCGUUUACUCGUCAAAGGAACGUGGGACGUAACUACACCAGCGAGUAUCGCCGUUUCUCCAAACGGAGAAGUUGUCGUUAUUGCUCAUGGUUCCUCACUUACGUUUUAUUCCACUGUCACCGGAACUUUGGACACGACGAUAGAAGAUAUUUUCAAUGGUCCGAUAACGUGCCUAGCAUUUGACGCGGCCGGAAAUUUUGUUCUCGUUGCCGGGGACAAGCACAUAAAAAUAUUCCAUAACGUGACCGGGUAUCGGGCAGCAAUAGAUUCAGCGAAUCGAAAAUUGGAGCAUCGUCAGACUUCCGCAACGAAGGAACGCCUCGAAGAAACGAUCGCCAAAUGCAAAACUUUCCUUGCAGAAAUCGGCGAACCAUUGUCCAAAUAA